CGUGUUUCUCUCACUGUCCUAACUAGAUUGGUGGCGGUUGAAGCGUCUAAAAUGCGAGUUCUGAGAGAUCCAAAGUCCAAGCUUUGAACAAAGAAUAUUGUUUCCUCAAAUUUUUACCACUACUGCUACUGCUACUGGUACUAGUAGUAGACUAGUAGCGCUAGAGCUGGUGGUGUAUAUAUAAAAUUAUAUAUAAUAUAUGGCAAUGGACACAGGAGCUUUCUUAACGAAAUUGGAGAUGGUGACAACCUCUGAUCACAGCUCAGUUGUCUCGAUGAACCUCUUCGUCGCGCUUCUUUGCGCGUGCAUAGUCAUCGGCCACUUGUUGGAGGAGAAUCGCUGGAUGAACGAGUCCAUUACUGCACUCGCUAUUGGUUUGGGUACUGGAAUUGUUAUACUACUCACUACAGGAGGGAAAAGCUCACAUCUAUUGGUUUUUAGUGAAGAUCUUUUCUUUAUUUAUCUUCUUCCGCCCAUCAUUUUCAAUGCCGGGUUCCAGGUGAAGAAGAAGCAAUUUUUUCGCAACUUCAUGACCAUAAUGCUGUUUGGUGCAGUUGGUACUCUGAUAUCAUUUGCCAUAAUAUCAUUAGGUGCUAUACACUUUUUCCAGAAAAUGAAUAUUGGUUCCCUCAAGAUAGGAGAUAUUCUCGCAAUUGGAGCAAUAUUUUCUGCAACAGAUUCUGUUUGCACCUUGCAGGUGCUCAAUCAGGAUGAGACACCUUUGCUGUACAGUGUGGUUUUUGGAGAAGGUGUAGUAAAUGAUGCCACAUCAGUGGUGCUUUUCAAUGCGAUCCAGAGCUUUGACCUGUAUCACAUCGACUCAGUUAUUGCUUUGCAGUUUAUUGGAAGCUUUUUGUAUCUAUUUAUCACAAGCACCAUGCUGGGAGUUCUAGCUGGACUGCUUAGUGCAUUCAUGAUUAAAAAGCUCUAUUUUGGCAGGCACUCUACUGACCGUGAAGUUGCUCUUAUGAUACUCAUGGCUUACCUCUCAUAUAUGCUAGCUGAACUAUUUUAUUUAAGUGCUAUUCUCACAGUAUUCUUUUGUGGAAUUGUUAUGUCGCAUUACACUUGGCAUAAUGUGACUGAAAGUUCAAGAGUGACUACAAAGCAUGCUUUUGCCACAUUGUCAUUUGUUGCUGAGAUCUUUAUAUUUCUUUAUGUUGGAAUGGAUGCCUUGGAUAUUGAUAAGUGGAGAUUUAUAAGCGACAGCCCUGGAAAAUCAGUUGCAGUGAGUUCAAUUCUGCUGGGACUGGUUCUGGUUGGAAGAGCGGCCUUUGUUUUCCCCUUAUCAUUCUUAUCCAACUUGACCAAGAAUUCUCCACAUGAUAGAAUCAGCUUAAAGCAACAAGUUACAAUUUGGUGGGCUGGUCUGAUGCGUGGUGCUGUUUCUAUGGCACUCGCUUAUAAUCAGUUUACUAGGUCAGGGCAUACUCAAUUGCAUUUAAAUGCAAUCAUGAUCACCAGUACUAUAUCAGUUGUUCUUUUCAGCACAGUGGUGUUUGGGUUGAUGACUAAACCACUUGUGAGGAUCUUGCUUCCUCCAUCAAAACAAAUCACCAGCAUGAUCUCUUCUGAACCAUCUUCUCCUAAAUCCGUCAUUGUGCCACUUCUCAGCAAUGGACAUGAAUCAGAGGCUGACAAGGGCAGCCAGCAUGUAACUCGCCCAACUAGCUUACGGAUGCUUCUGAGCAUCCCUUCUCACACUGUUCACCAUUACUGGCGAAAAUUUGAUGAUUCUUUCAUGCGGCCUGUUUUUGGUGGUCGGGGUUUUGUACCCUUUGUUCCUGGCUCACCAACUGAAGAUGUUGUUCAGUGGCAUUGAUAAUUAUAUCCAACUGAAGAUAUGAAAAGUACUAAUUUCUGAAACUUACAAGUAGGACAUGAUACUCGACAAAAAGAAAGAAAGAAAAAAAGGUAGGGCAUUAAAUCGGCUUUGUGUGUGCAAUAUGUUGAUAUUGAAGAGAUUUCAUAGAGGGUGGUAACAGCAUUUUGAUUCAGCUUGGGCUGCGUGAAAUUUGAUUUUGUGUGGGGUGAUCCGAAAGUUUGUAUCUAUAUAGUUUGUCAAUGAGGUUGUCAAAGAGGUUGUGUCCUUGACAGUAUAGAGUAUACACAGCUUUGCAAGUUUUGCUUGAUUUUCUUACAAAAAACAUGUAUUGAUUGUAUUCUGUAAUUGGUCAAUGAUAUUCUCUAAUGUAUUUUUUUCCCUGA